GGCCGCGGAGGCUCGGACCCGGCUGGCCGCGCGGCGCCGCAGCCGCCCCCUCCCCCACGCCCCCCCUCCGCCCCCGGCGGCGGCGCGAGCGGGCGGCGGCUGUGCGGUGCGGUGCAGAGCGGAGGCGGAGGCGGGUGCGCGGGCAGCUCGCGGGCACCCGGCCGGGCGGGCGCGGGAGCGGGAAAGGGUGCGCUAUGCCUUUAACGCCCGCGUACAGUAGACAUGUAUAGUGGAGUGUAGGGAAACUCUAGGCGGGGUUAAAGUUCAGCUCAUGGAGCGGCAAUAGCGCUGGCUGGCUGCAGUUGAGCCGAGUUGGAAAUGUGAACGCAAGAAGCAGGCUUGAUUUUUUUUCUCCCCCCUUCUUUCUCUCUCUCCUCCUCUCUCCCUCUUUCUCCUUUCUCACCCGCACUCACGCACACCUCCAAACCGCACACCCAGACGCACACGCACACCCCACCGCCUGGCAGUUAUGUAUUCUCCGCUCUGUCUCACCCAGGAUGAAUUUCAUCCUUUCAUCGAAGCACUUCUGCCCCACGUCCGAGCCUUCGCUUACACAUGGUUCAACCUGCAGGCCCGAAAACGAAAAUACUUCAAAAAACAUGAAAAACGUAUGUCAAAGGAAGAAGAGAGAGCCGUGAAGGAUGAGUUACUAAGUGAAAAACCAGAGGUCAAGCAGAAGUGGGCAUCUCGACUUCUGGCCAAGUUACGGAAAGAUAUCCGACCUGAGUACCGAGAGGAUUUUGUGCUUACAGUUACAGGGAAAAAGCCUCCAUGUUGUGUUCUUUCCAACCCAGACCAGAAAGGCAAGAUGCGAAGAAUUGACUGCCUCCGCCAGGCAGAUAAAGUCUGGAGGUUGGACCUGGUUAUGGUGAUUUUAUUUAAAGGUAUUCCGCUCGAAAGUACUGAUGGUGAGCGCCUUGUAAAGUCCCCACAGUGCUCUAAUCCAGGGCUCUGUGUCCAGCCCCAUCACAUAGGGGUUUCUGUUAAGGAACUCGAUUUAUAUUUGGCAUACUUUGUGCAUGCAGCAGAUUCAAGUCAAUCUGAAAGUCCCAGCCAGCCAAGUGACGCUGACAUUAAGGACCAGCCAGAAAAUGGACAUUUGGGCUUCCAGGACAGUUUUGUCACAUCAGGUGUUUUUAGUGUGACUGAGCUAGUAAGAGUGUCACAGACACCAAUAGCUGCAGGAACAGGCCCCAAUUUUUCUCUCUCAGAUUUGGAAAGUUCUUCAUACUACAGCAUGAGUCCGGGAGCAAUGAGGAGGUCUUUACCCAGCACAUCCUCUACCAGCUCCACAAAGCGCCUCAAGUCUGUGGAGGAUGAAAUGGACAGUCCUGGUGAAGAGCCGUUUUACACAGGCCAAGGGCGCUCCCCAGGAAGUGGCAGUCAGUCAAGCGGAUGGCAUGAAGUGGAGCCAGGAAUGCCAUCUCCAACCACACUGAAGAAGUCGGAGAAGUCUGGUUUCAGCAGCCCCUCUCCUUCGCAGACCUCUUCCCUGGGAACAGCAUUCACACAGCACCACCGGCCUGUCAUUACGGGACCUAGAGCAAGUCCACACGCAACCCCAUCGACUCUUCAUUUUCCGACAUCACCCAUUAUCCAGCAGCCUGGGCCUUACUUCUCACACCCAGCCAUCCGCUAUCACCCUCAGGAGACGCUGAAAGAGUUUGUCCAACUUGUCUGCCCUGAUGCUGGUCAGCAGGCUGGACAGGUGGGGUUCCUCAAUCCCAAUGGGAGUAGCCAAGGCAAAGUGCACAACCCAUUCCUUCCCACCCCCAUGUUGCCACCGCCGCCGCCACCACCGAUGGCCAGGCCUGUGCCUCUGCCGGUGCCAGACACAAAGCCUCCGACCACUUCAACAGAAGGAGGUGCAGCCUCCCCCACCUCACCAACCUACUCGACACCCAGCACCUCCCCCGCAAACCGAUUCGUCAGUGUUGGACCACGGGAUCCAAGCUUUGUAAAUAUCCCUCAACAGACACAGUCUUGGUACCUGGGAUAAAAGUUGCAGCGUCCCACCAUCCACCAGACAGACCACCUGACCCCUUCUCAACUCUGUAACAUGGACGCAUCCUCAACCCAGCGCGGUUACAACUUCACUGUCAGUGGAAGGGGAGAAUCAAAUCAACUUGUACAUGGAAACAGCAAGCAUUAUGGUCAAAGAGCAAAGGCCAUAACCUUUUGGGAUUUUUUUUUUUAACUACUUUAGGGACUGUUGUAAUUUUCUCAUAUGGUGCUGGAAAUGGUUGGGCUUUGUAAUAUUUGAAGUGUUUUCGUGGUAGCGUGAGCAUUAGGUGAUGUGGCUAGAGGAGGUCUGCCCUUGCUCACUGACUUCCGUUGUAACACACUUUCCUUACAGAGCCUGGCUGUUUCACAGUAUUUCAUGAAUUUACCCAUACAGGUGUGAGCCUCCUUGAGCAACCAGGAGGCACAUGGAGAACUAAAUCUUUUGUAGUAGCUGAGAUCUGCAAUAUAUAACUUACGGGACAGUCAAAGGGCAAUGUUUUUCUGUAACAUACUGGAAAAAGAAAAUGCAGUUAUGUUCCUUUUUUAUUUUUUCUUUUAGUUUGGUUUGGUUCAGCAGUCAGCAGUUAAAUAAAUAACAUGGCCCGCAAGGACAGUGAAUCCACUCACAUUGCAGAACAAUUCCGAAAAUGGCAAACUACUACUACUACUAUUCAGUUUUUUAAAAGUUUUGAAAUGCUGCACUUAACAUUUGAAAAAAAAAAAAAACAUUUUUUUUCAACAAUUUCAAUAAUGACACACAAAUUCACAUGGAAAUGGGGAAGAUGGUCUGUUUUGACAGAAACUGACAGGAAUCAAUCAAAACAAUCGAAUUUUGAAUUGAGUAAAGUGCAAUUUCAUUGGAUAGCUAAAUAUCUUUGUAAGAUAGAGAUUGUUGAAAAUUCUAUUUUUGUUUUUCAAGUCCUUUCACCCCAGGACUCUAAAUUAUUGGGGUAAAAAACAGCCUUGCAAGAAAAAGGGGAGCUAUUUUUGCUUUUUAUGUUUUUUAUUGUUAAACUUGUAUCCCUUUAAAAACUGAAGGAAAAUUUAAAAAAAAAAACAAAAAACAAAUCUAAUGGUGCUUUUACCACAAUAUGUUAACUACAUUAAAUGCUAAUUAAUUAUUUUCUGUUAUCAAAGCACAUAACUAAAAUGAAGUCAUGGUAUCUGUUAAUUUUAUAAGCUAGAAGUCACUAUAAUGGAUUAUGCCAAUUCUGAAAAUUUUUACAUGUAUCCGGCAACAUAGGAUUUAUCAGUUAUCAGACACUUCGUUGUACCAGAGAUUGUCCAGAAAUUUUAAAGACCUUUGCGCCCCUGAACUGGGCUAUGGGAAAAACAAACAAAUAAAUAAAUAAAUAAUGAAACCAAUACUGACACAAAUGCUGGUGCCCAUUCAGAUCAAGGGUACUUGUUAGGGAAAACAAAGUUUGCACCCCCAAAUGUCCUGUAUCUUAUGUAAAAAAAAAACAACAAAAAAACAACAAAAAAUAACAAAAAAAAAAAGUGCAAGUGAUUUUUCUACCAGACAGCGAAGCACCCCUUUGCUUCCCAUGCAACUUCAAGAAGGUUUCCUAUACUAUACAUAUAUAUACGUUCUGGUUGGCAAACCCUGCUGAUCAGAGAAAGUCUCUGCAUGUUCUAGUGUUAGUAACUAAUUUUUAUAUAGUUAAUGUAGGAUAAAGUAGAGUGCAUUAAGACACAAUAUUGUAAUCCCUACUCUAGGCACUUGCCUUUAAACUAUGUUUUUCAGCCCUUCAGAAGGGUUCUACUACUGUCCUAUACAAUCAAGUAACUGAAAUUCUUGGGAAGACACUUUGCUCCUCAUCUUUCCCCUGAAACAAUGUUGUUUUGUUUUGUUUUUUUUCCUUAAUUUGCACGAAAACAAAAAUUCCAUAUCAAUGUGCCUUGCCCUGGAUAGCGAUUAUUUGUGGAAUUGUUGCACACGCUCCUCUAUUGAAAGGGGUUUUUCCCUAGUCAAGCAUUUGGAGACACUUUUUGUAAAUGUGACUUUUAUGUCAGCCAUUGUCAGUUUCAACAUCUAGAACUAAAUAGAAAGUUAGUUGUUCCGCAGAUAGGAGUAGUCUUUAUUGUCCUCUGUGGUCAGUGGCAGUGCUAUUCUGAGAUCUGUAGAUGCUUAGAAUAUCAGUAUUUUGGAUGUUGCUGCAUUUUACAAUUUAUUUGGAGUCUUCCUUUAUUCCCUCCCCCAGAUAUAUGAAAAUAUGCAAUACCUGCUUAUAUCGUGUAGAAAAGCUUAGCGAUUAUUAAUUUUUCUUUUAUUUUUUUUAUUUGACCAAAGUCGGUGCUGCACUUGACGCAGUGUGUUUUAGGUGUUUGUCUUUGUACUUUUUUUUGUGAUUUUUGAAUGCACGUGCGCAGGAAGGGCUCCUCUUAGAGAAGCAGUCAAACUGUGAAGCACUAAGCUGACCCUGCUUCAAGCAAUUUUGUUUUUACAACUGUUCCUUUCACAAGCAAGCCUUAAAAAAAAAAAAAGACAACUUCCUUUUUCUUCAGCUCCCACACCCCAUUUUUCUUAGCAGACUGCAGUCAAUCCACAUUCAAUAAAAAGUAUAUAAUGCCCAUUUUUAUAUGCACGUUUUUAAACUUCCAAGUUCUGAAAAUUGUUUACUGGUUAUCUCUAUUUAAGGAAAAAAAAAUAAAAUAAAACAUUUUGGAUUUUCA